AUGGCUCUGCCAACUACGAUCUUGUUUGCCCACCGAUCCGGGUCGUGGUCGACCGAGGAAGAGGCGUACGCGGUUGCACUCAUCCAAAGCUUCCUCUUGGGCUACUACCCGACCGUCCUCCCCGGCACAUCGCUCCGCGUCUUCCUCGCGGACAAGCUCGACUGCUUGCCCAUGCGCAUCUCGAAGAAGCUCGCCCAACUCCACGCACCCGACGCGGUGAACCCCAAGCACUUUGGCCGAUUGCGCUACGUCUGCGACCCGUCCGUGCUGCAUGGCAUCAAGCGCCAAGCGGCGCGCGACGAGCUCGAUCUGCUUGUUGUUUCGUUCGAUCGGAGCGUCGAGGUGCAGCGGGCGACGCCGAUCCCGCGGCCGUUGAAGCCAUCAGCAAGUGCGCGCGCAGGUCCAUGGAGCGACCAAGAGCAAGACUACACGUACGCCAUGAUCUCGUACUUUAUCCAGGGUCACCUUGGCUUGCCGGAUGGUACGUCGCUCCGCGCGCACCUCUCACGACAGCUCGGGUGCACGCCGAUGCGCGUCUCCAAGAAGCUGUCACUGGCGACGCUGGCAGGCCACGCGCUGCCCCACCGCGUGGGCACGCUAGGGUUUGUUGCCAACGUGGAGGCCGGCGCCGCGACGGGCCGGAACGACGCCCGCGUGCACUUGGUGCAGUUGCGCAGUGACUGCUAUGACGACGCGGGUCUCGUGCUCUUUCCGAUCAACGGCGCCGCCACGAGUAGAACCUGCAGCCAAGACACAUAGAUGAUAAUAUAACGACAUACCGGAUGAGCGAUCUACA